UCAAAUCCCACCACCACGCUCUGCGCCUGUGAGGCUGUGACCACCACCCCCCCUUCCCCAAAGCAAUCAUACUCCCCUCCUCCUUCCACAUUUCGAAAAGGCAAUCCAAUCCAGCGAAGCUUUUUUCACCACCCCAGAAGCCCAGAUCCAAUCCAGCCUCGCCGCCAUGGGAGCCGACCUGGACUUCUCGCCGCCGCCGCCGCCGCCGGAGCCCGCGCUGUCGCCGGAGCCGGAGAUCCUCGCCCCCGACCACCAGAGCUGGAAGGCGGAGAUGAUGUCGGCGCUGGGGGAGUCGGUGUCGUUCGGGCGGUUCCUCGCCGAGCCGCUGGAGUGGGGGAAGUGGUCGGCGUUCGCCCACAACCGCUACCUCGAGGAGGCGGCGCACCAGUCGCGCCCGGGCUCCGUCGCCCAGAAGAAGGCCUUCUUCGAGGCGCACUACGCCCGGAAGCGCAAGACCGACGCCGACGCCGACGCCACCGGCAGUGACGUCGACCCUGACGAGGACGCCGCCGCCGCUGUCUCCUCGGCGCGCUCCUCCUCCUCUUCGUGUAUGACGGACGAGCCCGCCGCGGAGGAGACGACGAGCUGCGUCGUUGGUUCGGGCGUUGUCGCUGCUGGGCCGGUGGAAGAGAUGGAGGAGCUGGAUGUCAUCGCCGAUGGUGGGGUUGGCUCCUCUUGCGGAGUGGAUGCGGAUGGAGCCGCGCAUCACAAGCAGGAUGGUGUCCAUGCUGGUGAAUCGAGAGAGGUGUUGCAAGCGAUGGAGAAGCAGGAGGCUGCUACUCCCGAUCCUUGUGCUGACAAUUCCGUGCCUGCUGAUGCAGACGACAAGCAACCAUUGAAGGAGAGUUCCAUUGUUAAUCAGGGAAGUGCCGAGUCUGUAAAGAGAAGACGGCUUCCAUCUCUGCUUCAGAAACCGGCCAAAUUCAGCUCUCCUUCCUCUGGUAGCAAAGGGCCUACCUCAUCGGCGAAAAGACGGUCACGCCUGCAUUCUGCAAAGGAGAACAGCUCACCUCCUAACAACGAAAGCGACCAGCAGGCAACAAGUUCGGUCCCUCAAAAUCGGUCCAUCUUGGAAGCGUUUCAGAAGUCAAAGAACUUUGGUAGGUGCGAAACAGGCAAUGCUGCCUCGAGCUCAAAAAAUCUUGGCACCACAAUUGCUGCAAGGAUUAGUCAGCUGGAAUCUGCAACUGGGCCUGUGAAACACACUGAUUCUGCACUGAGCCAAGUCAAGCCACCAAUAGAGGCAUUUCCCAAAGAUGUGCCAGAAAUUACCUCGAGAACAUCCCAACUGGAAGAACAAAGGUCCUCACAUGUAACGAGGGUGAAAGAAAAGUUAUUUGGUUUUACCUCACAAUCGGCACAUCAGAAAGCCAAUACACCACGUAAAGAGAAGGGAAAAACCCAAAAUGAAAGCUUCAAGGCUCGGCCACUACCAAAUUUUUAUCGUAGAAAUAAGCAAGCAAAGGAUUCAAUUCACCAGGUAAAGGGCACCUCUACCGUCCCUAACAUAGAAAGAACCAGAGAUAGAUCAACAUCACUAUAUAGAUAAUCAUCGUUAUGCCUUCAUAAUGAUGGUAGCAGUUACUGGAGAUUAUGGUAUACCCACGCUGCACAUUUCUUCCUGUGUAUUCCUGCAUCACACUUCUGAUGAACAUUUUGGAGAUGUCAAGAUCAAUUUGAUCCAUCCAUGAGAGAACACCAUAAGUGGUGUGCCAAUUUCAUAUGUUUCUUUUAAUAACUAUUGGUGAAGUCAAUAGGGAACAAGUUCAGAACUUUGCAUCAUUGAGCAAAGGAGCCUUGCUGAACGACUCAUCUAUCAUUGCAAAUCAUAAUUGUUCAAAAAAGAAUAAUAUGUGCAUAUUAUUCAGAAGGGGCAAACUAAGCAGCAGAAAUAGAGAAUGUAAUUGAAAGUUACCCAAUCUCACUUCAUGUUUGACCUGUAACUUCGGACAUGGAAUUACUGAUUUUGAAAUCCAAUUAUUUAGUCUUUCAUCCGCAUUUAUGCUAAGAAGGAAUUAGAGCUCAUGUUUACAUUGUAACAGCAUUUGGUCUAUAUUGUAAUGGAAAUGGAUGAUAAAUAACAAAGAAAAACUUCUCUGUUUUGGAGUUUCCCA